CGACGGAGAAUCCAGGCUCAAACAAACCAGUACCAUUUAGUACUACUAAAUAAACAACACAAAAGAAAAAAAUUAGAAGGAACGGGAGGGGAGGGGGUAUACGACUAUACGAGAAGAAGGCAUGGAGGGAGAGGAGGCCAAAUUGCUGCUAGGAUUUCCUCCUCAUUCUCAUCCCUCUCCAUCCCAGGUGAAAACUGCUUACAAGUCCAAGGUCUGGGACACUCAUCCUGAUCGCUUUCCUCCUCAUCUCAAAUCCAAAGCUGAGCAUCGUUUUAAGUUGGUUUGCAGCUUUUUCCCGAGACUUGCUAUCCCAUCGUAUGAGCUUUCCCCUGUAGCAGCUAGUUCUUAUACCGUCUCCUUAAUUUCUCCCCCCCUCCAAAUGCAGAUAUCAGAAGCUUAUGCUUGCCUUCGAUCUGGUGGUAAACAAGAAAAUUUACACAAGGCAUCAUAUUCAAAAGUUGUGAGAAGUGGAGUUCCAAGAGCAUGUGGCAGUGGGGGGCAUCGCGCUCUGAUUGCUGCUCCCUUCCUCCUUAUUGUUCUGAGCACUGUUGCUUUUGGAGGAUCAAUUGUUACCAGGUCUUACAAACGACAAAAGGAGGCUUAUCCUUCUCAUAACCCUUUUCUGCCUUGAUCAUAACCACCAGGCAGACCAUCUCGUUUUAGCAGUGUAUGGGUUCUUGUCCAAAACUUUUACAUGUUAGAAGUUCAUUUUCUGCUGUCUUUGCAAUUCUAAGGUGUUGGUGCAAACCAACCAUAUACUUGGUUGUCAUUGUCUUCAGUUGAAUAGGGAUACAAUCUUCUGACAAAUUAAUGCUCUCAAUAGGAUUCAUUAUUGCAAAAUUUGAGCCUGAAAAACUACUUUAUACCUAAGACUAAUAAGGGCCAUUUGACAACUAUUUGGUGUUUUGGCCCCUUUUUUUUUCAUUUGGAAAAUCUGAAAUCUUGAUAGUGAUUUUAUCAAGGAAUAUAAAAAUAAAAAAGGAAGGUGGUAUCUACACUAUUACCUGACCUUUUGUAUGUGUAUCUGAAAAUCCAGAGUUCGACCAAUUAGUUGCUGUCUUCUAUUCCUUCAUUUUUUCACAUUUAGGAUUAUCUCGUCGGUCUUAAUUGGAAUGUAUUUGCUGUUGUUGCCCUUCAUAAUUGUUGAAAGCAACCGAAGAGAUUGAUGCUUUGUGCUCAAGAAUUCAUACUCGGUGCCUUAUGUUCUUUUGGUGUGUUCCACGCAGCUUGUGUGGGUUGGGCAGUUUGUUUCUCCGUUUUUCAGUCAAUUUCCAUAGCCUUCAACAAUUUUGUUUGAACCAGUGCACUGAAGUAGCUGGGAAUGUUUAAGGUGUUUGUUAUUAGAGGGCAUGUUGUGCUGUAAGAGUAAUUCAUUCUUGUGUGGGAUUUAAGAGAACAUUUUGAUCUGGGGUUAGACCUCUAUUCAUUGUUUGGCCUUUUCAGUUUAAUUGUUCUGCGAGAUUUUUGGUUCACACAUUCUUUUGGCUGUGGAUGAUGUCAUGCAAAUGAAUAACUGACAUAUAUAUUUA